AUUAAAAAUAUUUUUUUAAUAUAAACAUUAUCACAUAGCUAGUUCAAAUGAAUUUACAUAAUUUUAUUAUAUUUUUUUUUAUAAAAAACCUUUUAUUUUUAGCUAAAAAAAAUUGAUAAAUCAAUUAAUUUUUUUGGAGUAAUUUAUUUGAUAUUAAUUGUAUGUUGUAUAGAUAAUUUUUUAAAAUAAUAUUUUAUUUUGAAAGAAAAUUUGUUCAUAAAAAUAAUGGAAGUCAUACAAUCAUUACCAAAAACAAAUCAACUUGGUACUUCUAGAUAUCGUCCAACACCAAGACCCGGUACAGGAAGAAAAUGUGUCCAAGGAAGAUACGUACAACCUCCACGAGUUGCUUCAUUUGCGCCUCAAAAAACUUACUGUCCUCCAACAAAACCCCUAGAAGGUCAAUCAACAUAUCACGAGUCAUAUUUAAAUAAUGAUAAAUCAUCUUACACAAGAGCACAAUCAUUCAAGCCAACAUAUACUUUAAAAACAAUUAAAGAUAAAUUUGAAGAUGGAACAACUAACAAGAUAUCAUACAAACCAGUAUGGAAUGUUGUCAAGGCUCAUCCAAUUGUUCCUCGCCAAAAGAACUUGUUUGCCUUCAAAGGACCCAUGGAAACAUCAACAACAGUACGUCAUGAUUUUGGUCCAAAAAAUGUUGAUAAACCAGCAUUGGUUAUUCCAUGUGGAAAUAUUAAAAGUUUUAGUGGAACACUUGAUGAUAGAACAACUUCUGGUACAUCUUAUAUUAAUCCUGGAAAAAUAAUACCAACAGAAAGUUUUAAACCAUCAAUAAAAUAUUGUCCACCACAAGAAGCAAUAUUAAAUGAAACAACUCAAAAAUUAAGCUAUCAACCAUAUCGUGUUGAACAAAGAGAAAAAUAUCCAUGGACAGAAAAACCAUCAUACGUACCACCAAAUGAAGCAAUGGUAUCAUCAACAACUUACUCAAAUAGUUUUUUUCUUAAUCAACAUCCACAAAAAGAAAAACCAUUUAUUCCAAAUGCAAGUAAUGAUUUAUUUCCAACGGGUCAAAUGAUGAAAACAAGUCUUUAUCAUGAUUGUUUUGUUCCAAGAGAAAUAACACCAGUUGUUCCAGUUGUACCAUGUGGAAAUAUUUUAAUAUCAAAUCAAAAAAUGACUUGUGAUACGACAAAUAAACUUAGUUUUUUGGGUGUUAAAGCUGAAGUAAGACAACCAUUUCGUCCAAAACAAAGAAAACAUGGUAAUCAAGGCCCAAUACAAUCAGCAACAACAAAUCGUUGUGAUUAUAUUCCAAAAAUGGUACCAAGACCAGAAGUUGUUAUUCCAUGUGAUAAUAUUAAAAAUUCAUCAGAUCCAUUGAAUGACACAACGACAUCAGGUUCAUCGUAUAAAUAUUCAGGUCCUCAACCACCACCACAAAGCUACAAACCACAAAAUCAAUAUCAAAAACCAACUGUUAAUAUUGACGGAGAGACUAUUAAUAAAUCAUCUUAUUUACCAUGGGCAACGCUGCCAAAAGAAGAUUAUCCAUGGGCUAAAAAAGCACAGUAUAAAGCACCAAAAGAAAAAAUGACUGGUGAUUCAAGUUAUAAUGCUAGUUAUGCUGCACCAGGUUAUUUCAUUGAAGAAUGUGGUGAUGAUGUACAAAAUCUUGAUACUUAAAAACCUGUCUUAAUAAAUUCAAUAAAUAAAAAAUAUUAAAUUUAAAAAAAAAAAAAUAAUAAAACA